GGGGCGAUACACAAACGGGGCCACUGAAUGGAUGGUCUUCUUGGUCCUCUUCGCCUUCGGAAACUACGCCGCCCUCGACUACCUCGUGGAGCAGUUCGCCGUCCGGAAGCACGCCGCUCUCGACUGCCUCAUGGAGUUGUUGUCCCUCCUCUUCGCAGGCCAGACCAACCAGCCAGAGCUUCUACCCGACAUGGACCCCCUGGACUCCCCCUUCGAGCUCCUCGUCGGAU